ACCUUCAACACCGACGGCAACAACUACCAUAUACCGACACUCGACAUGGAGAUAGAAGCGGACAUGAACAUAACCGACACAGAGGCUCCCACUGCAGUCCCCCCGCCUCAACCUCAGGUGCAACCACAGCUAACCAUGGACGAACCCCAGGGAAUGGAUCUAAGCGACUCCUCAAUGUCAGUCAACAUUAGUGCAACAGCGAACAACCGCGAUAAGUUCCGCGAGAUACCGGUCAAAGUGCAUGUGCGGCGACCAGAGCGCGACAACUGGUCUUAUGUUGGCCGAGCUGUCGUCACUCAAGAAUCGUUCGGCCAAGGCUCACGCAUCGUUGUCCGUGCUACUUCGUCAAGAAAGGUUGUCACUGCCUUCCACGAGGGUGCCUCUCUCCAAGCAGAGAAGCGAGGCAACUUCGUUGUUGUAAGCUGUGUAGAAGGAGGGCGCGUCAUCUCGUGGUCUCUCAAUGCGUUGAAUAACUCGGAGACUCUCCGUCUGCUUGCCAUCAUCGAACUCUCGUGCUAUACCUGCAAGCACAUCGGGGCUAACCCAGAGAUUCAAGGCUCACAUAUGCGUCGUGUUGCCCGGGUCAUAAAGGAUGACAGACGGAAGCGCCACAAGCGGCGUAAGGACCAGGAAGCCAUGGUCACCGCAUUUGCGAAGACUGGGAUCGAUGACAUGAAUCACUAGCUCGUUCUCUCUGGCGAACGGCCCGCAUGUUGUUAAUCAUAUAACGCCUCUUGUUGACCCUGUACGGUUGGACACUAACGUGUUCAAGCUUGAUUGGAUCCGUUUGACGAUUGUAAUGUGUACUAUCUACUUGUGUUCCCUUUCUCUUCUCUUGUCUCGUAGUAUAUUGCUGCACACUGUAUCCUGCGCCAUCUUAUCUGCAGCAUUUAUAGAGUGUUCGCGGCGAGGACCACCCCUUGUCGCUGCGCCAUUCUUUCCCCAGUGUAUGCGACAUCAACAUAUUCCCUUCCACUCGUACCUCUAGCCGUCCGUAGAGUAUGCAUGAGCUCGAGCCAGCUAUUCGAAUUGGAGGAUACCGGGAACAAGAGUCUGUAAGCGAAGAGUUCCUCUCUGGAGAUACAUUAUAUAUGCAGAUAAAUAGUCCAAAGGAGUGAAGAUGUGGUGGUAGGAGUAAAAGGCCAUAGGACGAAGAGAUAAUUUGCACAGAAUACGAAGGCAGAGAAAAUACAGUUAAAUGCCAUGCUAUGAUCUGGGAGCGGGCAAUGUCGCGGUUGUUGGGGUCUCGGGCUGCAGCGGCGGCUGGAGGCCGCUGCCCGAGCCUGCUUCUACCACUUCGAGGGGGUUCGCCGUGCUCGGAGGCGAGCCCUGGGGUGGCGUGGCGUAGUUGAGCGCGGGUAUAGGCGCGCGCCGUUCGCUAUACUGUGGUGGCAGCUCAACGACGUCACUAUCGUUUUGCGGAACAGCCUCCUCCAGGUCUUGAUGGACAAUGUAUCGCGUCGGCUUGUAGGACGUUACACCGGCCAUAGCCGCCUUGCGCCUCGCGGAAGAUGUCAUGCUUGAAGUCUCGCCCCCCCGGAAAGUUGUUGUUCCAUCGAUUGUCGACAUGGCGCCGAGAUCUGAGCCCGAUGGGCGGUGGCGCGAGUACGCCGAUUCAGAGGGAACGCUAUGCGGGUUCGCCAUGUUCGUGGUGUAUUCUGUAUGGCCGUCAUACUGGGAACUCGCGCCAAUUGGGAGCAGUUGGUGAGCGGAAGCGGUCGUGUUAUGCGCAGACGCUCCGCUGCCGGGCAAUGAUUGUACGACGCUGGGAGCAGAAUAAGGAUAUGGAUGGACGACAGAUGCCACAUGCCCAUCUUCCAUGGUAACCGGCGCAUCAAGCUCAACUAUUUCCAAUCUGCCUCCGCGACGUGGUCGGUAUGGGUAGCCUUCACCAUCGUAGUACGCUGUUGAGCGGCUCUUCCGACGUCGGAGGAAAAAAAGAACCAACGCUAUGAUAGCGAUAAGAGCGAAGAGUCCCGCUAAAAUGCCUCCUACGAUAGCCCCUGUGUUUGAUCCGGACUUCGAAGUGCCCCCCGCUGCAGAGGCGGAGUCGGAGGGGCUUGCGCCUUGAGAUGAAGCAGCGGCCGCAUUUGACGACGGAAACAGUGACGCAGUGGCGGAUGGUGUCGCGGAGAGAGAUGUUGGCGAGUCCGCGUUGAGGCAAGUCGCAUCGUCCGUGAUACCGACCAGCUUCACAUCCGAGCUGCCACCUUUGCGGCCUUCCGAAUCGCUCAUAAUCCACAUGACGGAGAUCCCGUUUGCUAAGUCAGCUACCCACUCGAAGGUAGUUAGCCCGCUCGGCGGAUUGAGGGUGAAGGUUUCACCCCCAGGAAUAACACCCAUGAUAGUGACCGGUUGUACGGCUCCCGUGUAGUUGUCGAAUGAGUAUGGCCUGCAAGAUGCUGAUUCUCUCCUGCGAAUAUUAAUGCACUGAGACGUACCUGCACUGUUGCAAUGCGGUGUUGAGUUCGAAGAAGAAAUCCACACCUAUGUGGCG